AUGACAUCAACUCGUGGAAAUGUUGAAAUUGUAUUUUGUAAGAAAAGCUUAUCCACAUCAGGAUUUGAACCCAAGAUAUACUGACUACCGUUCGGUUGCUCCAAUUCAAGUUCAACUACCAACUGAGCUAAGCACCUUAGUUAGUGUAAUCCCUUAGAAAUUUCUGAAUAGGACAUGUUAUACAGGCACUGACAGUAAACAAGACUUUGAGAAGUAGACGUCCUCAAAGACUAAGGCCAAUUUGAUCUUUAAAUCCAUCUCAAAUUCUCUGUAUUUUUCUCUGAUCAAUCGGUUGCUUAAUUCUGUGAAAAUUGUAUUAAAUAACUAACAGUUAUUUAUUUUCAGUGACAAUUCUAUAUCCAAACAUAUUAAUAUUUACAUCAAUGUGUCUAUAUCGUCACAAGUUACGUCAUCUGAUGUCUGCUGCGGUUGUGGGGAUUAUAAGACAAAAAAAAAUCAUUGUUGAUUUUGAAAACAAACGAGAUACACUGGUAGGAUACAAAAUCAGUAUGCUCCCUGGCAAUCAAGUCUGUACCCAAAAAAAUAAACUUUUAUUUUUUGACCUAUUGCGCUACAUUCAUGCCAUCAAAGUGCAGACAAUAUUCUUACAAUGCAUGAAUUAUUUUCGUUUAUGAAUUUGUGCUUUAAUAUUCGUACCUUUCAUAUAUUUUAUAUCCCAGAAAUUGUUUUUUCCAUGUAAAUUCUGAAAUAAGCAAUUUAUUCAUGCAUUAAUUCGCUAAUGUAUCCAUUCAUCUGUGUAUUUAUUCAUGCAUAUUGUAAGCCUAAUCAGUUUUUUAAAAAAAAUUAUGACCUUAUCAAAUAAAGGUGGCACUGAUGAUGCUUAGGUUCGUUUAAUGCUGACAUUCUGUUAAUAACCAACAUUCCAACAUUUCGGUAGACUAUCGAAAUACAUUUAAUUGAGAAUGUUUUGCCUGGAUGAUAUUUAAACAAAAACAUUACAAUACCAUAUAGUACAUAAUUAUUUAUUUUACUAUAAAUAUCUAUCGGUAUAUCUUUCAAUCACUCUAAUUGUAAGUUUAGUGUCUAAGUUAUGGAUUUAAACUUAUUUAGUAAAUAUGAUUAGGUCCUACACAGUUCCUCUAGUUGGCAUAAUUUUAUUAUUUAAUCCUAAUUGUCAACUGGAAAAUCCCCAAAUAAUAAUUUAUUAUAUAAUCAAUUUAAGUUGAGCAUCCUUUUAUGUGCCCUCUGGACGAUUCCAUUUUCCGUCUUGUUUUGCCGGUCAUACCAGGUCAUAGUUCAGUGAUUCUAAAAUGACCCCGUUUGGAAAGAUAGCACAAAAACAUAGCAGAUUAAUGACAAAAAAACAUACAUUUUCAUCAUGGGUAACUCCAUAAAUCCCCAUCUUGAAAGAGCUGAAAAGACCGGUGUUUGUCAGCUUAAUGACAUGGGAAUUUCACAGUUUCCACCUCAACUUCAAAAACUGACGAAAAACUUGCGAACUUUGGACCUAUCUAAAAAUAAGCUUACUGUAGUGCCGUCUUCUAUUGGAAGUUUUGAACAUUUGAAAUAUUUAACAAUCAAUCACAAUCGACUUGGUAAUAUACCGGAUGAAGUUCAGGAGCUUAAGAAACUGGAAAAUUUAUCACUCACACAUAAUAAUAUUUCAACAUUUCCUUCAUCUGUAUCCCGCCUAACUUCCCUACGGAAAUUACUGCUGUCUGCAAAUAAACUCAAAGCAUUCCCAUUGCAAGUAUGCCAAUUGAAAAAUUUAGACUUUCUUGACUUGUCUCAGAAUUUGAUUGCAAGUGUUCCUGAUGGUAUAGGUGAUUUGAAGGCAGUGGAAGUGAAUUUGAAUCAAAACCAGAUAUCAACUUUGUCUGAUUCAUUAGCAAGUUGUCCAAGGUUAAAAGUUCUACGGAUUGAGGAGAACUGCCUGCCAUUGUCGGCGUUCACAAGUAAGAUAUUGACGGAGUCAAGCAUCUCAACAUUAGCUGUCGAUGGCAACCUGUUUGAAAUGAAGCAGUUCAAUUUACUACCUGGAUAUGAAAAGUACAUGGAAAGGUACACAGCAUCGAAAAAGAAAAUGUACUGAUUAUGAUUAUGGCAUGUAUGUUGGUUCCCAUCAUUUGCAUAUGGAUGGCUGUACAGGUGAAUAUAUAAUAUAUUGAAAAGUGGCUCUCUCACUUUGUUGUGAUGUCAUCAUUCAUGUCUUUGAGCUCCAUGUUGCCAGUUGGAGACUUGUUGUUGUAGUAGACACAGUCAGCAUCAGAGUCGCAUCACCUGUGUUGCCGUUGCUCUUGAUCUUCAUUCUGCAAACUUUCCAGCGCACAACCCAAAUUAUAUGCCAAGCUCUCGGGCCAAAUUUAUCACCUGAAUUUCAUGGUAAAAUGAUUGAAUAUGGUAUUAUUUUUUUUAGUUUGAGUGUUUAAGUCAGUAAAUCAUGUAUGAGGGAUAGCGGAGUUCAGAAGAACCAUGCCAUUUCUUUUCUUUUGUUAACCAAUUAAAAGAUACCACUUCAUUAAUAAAAGAUAUUUUAUAUCACCCACAUGUAUGUAAGAAAUAUUUUUGUGGUUUUAAUUCUUAAAUAGAAUGAAAUGAACUUGAAAAAAUAUCAACAAUUUACAUUUUACUACAAAAAUACUUAAAUUUGCUGCCAGACAUAUGAGUUAUUGAAAGAGAUAUAGACAUAUAAUUGACAAGGAAAUAUUGUCAUAAUUUUUAUCUGAAAGCCAAACACAUUGAAAUAAACAAAACUAAAACUUUCAAGUUGUCAUACCUGAAGUACAAAUGUUUUGAUAGUAGGGGCUAUUACUGAACAUGAGAAACUAUUGAUAACACACACAUUACAAAAGUAAACUGAUG